GCCGGUGGUGGGGGCCUGUCCCUUUAACGGGGGCAGCCGCGGCCCCAUCUGAUGAGGCGGCUCCAAUCAGCGGCCCUCGGGCUCUUGGCAGCCGAAGCCGCCGCCGCUCCGCAUUCCUCCGGCUUCCGAAAAGGGGCGAACAUGGCGAUGGGGAGGAGGAGGAGGUGAAGAAGAAGAAGAAGAAGAGGAGAAGAAGAAGGGGGAAAAAAUAAGGAAAAAAGAAGAAAAAGGGAAAAAAAAAAAAAGGAAAAGAGAGGAGAGAAGGAAAAGAAAAAAACAAACCAAAACCAAAACACAAGGAAAAAAAAACGAGAAAGAGAAAGGAAGAAAAAACAUAAAAAGGAAGAAAAAGAGGAAGAAAAAAAAGGAAGAAAAAGAGGAAGGCGAAAGAGGAAGAAAAAGAGGAAGGAAAAAAGGAAGAAAAAGAGGAAGAAAAAAAAGAAAUAAGGAAGGGAAAAAAAGAAAAAAGGAAGAAAAAAGAAAAAAGGAAGGGGAAAAAAGGAAGAAGAAGGAAGAGGGGAAAAAGCAAGGAAGGGGAAAAAAAAGGAAGGAAGAAAAAAAGGAAGGAAGGAAAAAAAGGCGGGGAAAGGCAUUAAAAAUAGAAUUUAAAAGGAAAAGAAGGACGGGGGAUGCAAGCAGAGCUGGCAGCUCGGUAAUUCCCUCCCCCCACCCCCUUCUUCCCCUCUUCUAAAAGGAAAACAAAAAAAAAAGAAGGACAGGAAAGAAGAAAAGAAGGAAAGAAGGAAAGAAGAUAAGAAGGAAAGAAAAAAAAGGAAAGAAAAAAGGAGAGAAAAAAAAAGGAAAGGAGGAAAAAAAAAAGGAAAGGAGGAAAAAAAAAAGAAAGGGGAAAAAAAAAAAGCCAGGCAACAACAACAACAAAAAAGAAGCCCCUAAAAAUAGGAGAAAAAUAGAAAAGGGGGGAAAAAACCCCAAAGCCAGAAGGAAGAGAGCCCCAGCAGCCAAGCAGCCCAGCGAACCACCCAACCCAACAUCUCUCUUCUCUUUUUUUUUUUCCCUCCUUGCCUUUUUUUUUUUCAUGGAGAGCAAAAACCCCAGGCAAGCGGAGGAGGACCGGGACUCCUUUGCGCGGAGACCUUUGCAUCAAAAUGCUGAUAGUCGAAAAGACGACUGACUACCCUUCGGCUGAGUACUCCCUGGUGGAGGAUGUAGCCCUCCACUUCACGUGUUUGAUGGACAGACUGAAUGAGCAGCGCCUCUUUCAGCCGGACCUGUGCGACGUGGACAUCGUGCUGGUGCAACACAAGAGCAUCUUCCCGGCGCACAAAGGGGUUCUGGCAGCCUACAGCCAGUUCUUCCACUCCCUCUUCACCCAAAACAAGCAGCUGCAGCGCGUGGAGCUCUCUCUGGAGGCCCUCACCUCGCAGGGCCUCCAGCAGAUCCUCAACUUCAUCUACACCUCCAAGCUCCUCGUCAACUCCUGCAAUGUGCAGGACGUGCUGAACGCGGCCGCGGUGCUGCAGAUGAACAACAUUGCCUCCUCCUGCCAGGACCUGCUUGACACCCGCUCGCUCAGCCUGGCCACCGAGAUGGCCCUGCCUGCUGAGAGCUGUGCUGGGCCCCCACCCUACUACUGCGAGAUCAAGCAGGAGGUGGAUGCCACUCACCCCAAGAUCUAUGCUCGGGAGGGCAAUGACCCCUACUCGGUGCGGGUGGAGGAUGGAGCAGGUGGUGGGACGCUCCCCCCUGGUCCAGCUAAGCAGUACUACAAGGAGGAGAAAGACGGUGGUCCAGGUGCUGUCUGUAAGAUAGAAGGUGAAGAGUCUGAGGAGGACUUGGACAGCCAGGGCUCGUACAACCGGGAGCAGAUCAUAGUGGAGGUGAACCUCAACAACCAGACCCUCAAUGUCUCCAAGGGCAUGGAGGGGAAGGCAGCGGCCAGUGAGGCGGCUGUGAUGGGAAGGCCUGAUGGUGAUGGGCGUGACACAGAGGAGGAUGGGGAAGAGGAGAAUGAGGAAGGAGAGGACGACGAGGAAGAGGAGGAGGAUGCAGAGGUGGGCGAAGAGGAAGAGGAGGAGCACAGCGAGGAAGAAGACCUGGAGGAGACGACAGAAGAAGAGGAUGAUGAUGAUGACGAUGAAGACAUGUCAGAAGUGAAAAGGGAAAAGGGUGGACAGCCUCGCAGAGGCACUCGGGCAUCCAAAGCCACCAAGCCUACCAUGGCAACCAGGUCCCAGGAGCUAGCCAAGGUAGAAGAGGAGGAGGAGGAGGAAGAGGAAGGCCAGCGAGGGAGGAAGAGGAAAAAAGAACAGGAUGGUUUGGGCCAGAAGGUGAAGCUGGAGGAGAAGCAGCACUACCCGUGCAAGAAGUGCCCGCGGGUCUUCAACAACCGCUGGUACCUGGAGAAGCACAUGAACGUGACCCACAGCCGCAUGCAGAUCUGCGACAAGUGCGGCAAGCGCUUCCUGCUGGAGAGCGAGCUGCUGCUGCACCACCAGACCGACUGCGAGAAGAACAUCCAGUGCGUGACAUGUGGGAAGGGGUUCAAGAAGCUCUGGUCCCUCCAUGAACACAACAAGAUUGUCCAUGGCUAUGCUGAGAAGAAGUUCUCCUGUGAGAUCUGCGAGAAGAAGUUCUACACCAUGGCCCAUGUGCGCAAACACAUGGUUGCUCACACCAAGGACAUGCCGUUCACCUGCGAGACCUGUGGGAAGUCCUUCAAGCGCAGCAUGUCCCUCAAGGUCCAUUCCCUCCAGCACUCUGGGGAAAAGCCUUUUAAAUGCGAGAACUGCAACGAGCGCUUCCAGUACAAGUACCAGCUGCGCUCCCACAUGAGCAUUCACAUCGGCCACAAGCAGUUCAUGUGCCAGUGGUGUGGCAAGGACUUCAACAUGAAGCAGUACUUUGAUGAGCACAUGAAGACACACACAGGAGAGAAGCCCUACAUCUGCGAGAUCUGCGGGAAGAGCUUCACCAGCCGCCCCAACAUGAAGCGGCACCGCCGGACCCACACCGGGGAGAAGCCCUACCCCUGCGACGUCUGCGGCCAGCGCUUCCGCUUCUCCAACAUGCUCAAGGCCCACAAGGAGAAGUGUUUCCGCGUCAGCAACCCCCUGGCUUUGGACACGGCCACCUCCCAGCCCGCUGCCAGCCCGGCCCCGCUGCCCCCUGGGCCCGGCGUCUCCCCGCUGCCCCUGCCGCUGCUUCAUCCCCUUCCACAGACCCUCCCUCCUCCUCCUCACCUACCACCACCUCCUCCCCUGUUUCCAGCGGGGAGGAUAAAUUCAAACAACAACUAGGUAUCCCCCAGCCCAGCCACGCGCCCGCACGGACUGCUCUCCCCCCAGGGAGCCAAGGCUUCGCUUGCUCUUUACCCCACUUCCUCCUCAUUUUGGGGUUGCUUUGGGUUUUGUUUUUUCCCUUUUCCUCACCCAUCAUUCUCCACGGAGAGGGGGGUUGGGGGAGCAGGAGGAAGCCCCUGCUGUGAGAAACGUGGGUGUGGUGGAGGGGAAGCACCGUCCAUCUGUAAGGGUGUAGGUAAAAGGCGUCGCUCUCCGUUUCAUCUUCCCAUGCAUUGGCUUCAUCUUCGUGCUGGGAUGGUGGUGGGGCUUGGAGGAGCAGGAUGCCACAACCAUCCGUGGUGGAGCUGGCCGGUGCUUCGAUACUCCUGCUAAGCUGAAAUCGAGCUCGUGGUGCUUGAAUCCCUGUACUGUAAAGCUGGUCUUUCAAUUCAGCCUCUUUCCCCAAGAGGCUGAGAGGUGGGCACCACCCUGCUGGUCUCAGUGGCCCCUCGACAAGCGAGCAGAUGUCCCUGUUGGAAAGUUGUCAGCCUGCUCUCAUUAGCAGCCCUCGCUGCGUCUUCCUUCCCCACUAGAGGUUUUCCUCCUUGAUAGGUGAAAGCACAAACGCCAACGUUCCAUCUCGGGGCAUCAGCAGCUUGCUGCUGGUUCAUUUUUGGGGUACCCUAGGGGAGCUGGGCUCUGUUGUGCCCUUUCUGCUAAUCCCAGCAGGAGCUGGGCUCCUGGGGAUGUUCUGGAGUUGGUGAGGUGUCCCUGGGGGAGUUCAGAUGGCCUCAGGACUGGUGGGAGAGUGGCCUGGGACAGAGGAGCAGAAUGCCGCUGUUUCUCGGCAGAUUCAGCCCAGAAUAGUGCCUUAACAAUCAAACAAACCCCUGGCUGGUGGAUGACCUCUCACUUGGGUCUCACUGCAAGGUUCACAUCUAAAGCAAGACCGCAUUCAGAAUGCUGACAAUGUCCCCUCCUCCCAGCUUGUUCCCCACAUCGCUCUCCCAAGCUUUACUUCUCCCCAUGGGGUCGGCAGCUGUUGCCCUGCCCUGACUUGGAGGGACCAUAAAGGACCAGUUAAGGCUGUGGUUAUUUUGGAGAUGCCCUGUGGUGUUGGUUAGUGCUUCUGUGGCCUCAGUGUGUUUGGUGAAGACCUGGUCUGUGGUUUCACUCAUUCAAUCUGGCUUCAUGCUGGUGGAGAAGAGGAAGGCUUUGCUUUUACCUGUUUGGGUGCUGAGGUCCAAGCUGGGCUUCUUUCUCCUGUGCUCUGCCCUGGAAUGUCAUGCAUUGGCCUGUGUGCUCUCCCUGCCUGAAGAAGUGUCCCCUUUGGUAUCAAGGAGUGUUGAAGAGCAUCCAGCAUGGGCAGAGAUGUGCUGGCCAGGAGGGAGGGGGUGUUGCAGCUGAUGCCUUACUCCACAGGCUGCUGUGGAUGUGUGCAGACAUGAGUCAGGUCAUGGACGUGGUGAGCAGGGCUGUUGGUAGACAAGAAGGAGGAGAGGACAAGAAGGAAGAGAGGACAACUAAUGGGCUUUAGGAGCCCUUUCUUGUUUUGCACCUUGUUCUAGGUGAAUAGCAGGGUGCUGGGGACAGCCACAUCUGGCUCAGCGAGAAGUCUUGAUGCUUUGUUUCAUGGACAGAAUCAUCAAAGCACUUGAGCAAUGUUCAGGUUGUCCUUGUAGAGACAGGAGGAUUCAGCCACAUGCUCAGGAGCUUUACUGACCAAGCACGUUCAGGAACAUUGGCCUAACAGAAACAGGAAGGGGAGCAUCUGCUCUUUCCCUGAACACUCUUUGAGGUGAUCAGUUAGGUGCCUAGUGGCUCCUCCUGCUGAGUAGUGGCCCCUGUGCCUCACGUCUCUGGAAUGCUGCUCUCACUAAUGUGUUGGAGCAACAAAUUGCUUUUCAUCCCCAUGUUGGCUGGGAUCCUGUGGAACCCCAGCACUGCAAUUAGGACCAAUGAGCUGACUGCCAUUGGCUUUCUGAAGGGACCACGACCCAGACUGGAAGAGGAUUGCUUUAGAGAAGUUGUAGAGAAGCACCACCCUUGGAGGUGUUGGAGGGCCUCAGCAGAGUGGUCCAUGUAGUCUCCUCCACUGCCUCCCAAUUCCAAUCCCCUUGGGCUCGCUUGUGCUUCUUUCCCCUCGUGCAGCCUUGAGACAGUAUGGGAGCACUGCACCCCAAGGAGGGAUCACCUUGCCAGUAUGGUCAUCUGUGAUGGAGCCCAUCAGCCUGCCCGGCUGAUAGGCUUCUUCCCUUCAAGUAAACACCCAUCCCAACAUGUACUCCCUUGAACUGUUCACCUGGAGGUGACUUGUCUUGUCCCUGUCUCAGUUCAUCCUCUCCCUGUGCCACUUGGAUGUCACUGUGAGAUGAGAGGACCUUACUGAGGCUAGAAGCCCAGCAGACAGCCCAGUGACUGAUCCCCGCCACGUCUGAUCCCCCUUUGAGAACCUGCUCAUAGAGCCACUUGGAGAUGUCGCGAUGUGACCAUGCACACAGCACUUUGGAGAACCAGAUCCCUGCUGCUCCUUUCCCUCUCCAAGGCCUUGGGCAGUUCCUAGGAGCCCUACAUGGCUUCUGAGCCUUUUUGUCCACACCCUUAUUGGCCCCAGUGUGUCUCUUCAUGUCUAGUUUUUGUUAAUCUACCAAGAGCUCAAACAAGUCCAGCGUCUCGUCCUUCUUUCAUCCUGUUUGGGACUUGUUGGGUUAGAUGAGACAGGAGGUGGGGGGGGUCAAGUCCUUUGUUUUUUAAGCUUUUUAUGGUUUAGUUUAAUUUUUGUUUCUAACUCUUGCACCUUAAUCUCUCUCAUCCCUUCUUCUUCAGACCGCAAGGGUGGAGAGGGGCUUGAUUUCCAUCACCCAGUUCAUGCCGAACACGCCACAAUGCAACCUUCAGCUGACAGCUCUGCACCUAACCCCAGACCUGUCCGGGUUUCAGUUUUACUUUAUCAUCCCCCCCCCCCCAAUCACUUGAACUCCAGGGAGGGAGGGAAUCAUAUGGGGAGAGUCAUUUCUUUGGUUUCUCUAUCCCAGGAGCCUGGUAGCACAGACCAGUUAAGCCUCAUCAUGUGCGUGAGGCACAGCUGGCCCUUCGGACCACAGCCAUAACCCCAGCGUGGUGGGAAGGUGACGAUGGAUGGACAGCCAGUGGGUGGGAACGGCUGUGACAGUGCAAUAGAGAUGAGCAUCCGCUGCUAGACAACUCCACUGAUGGAACUCUUGGUUUGCCUGAAGUCGAGGGAAGGACAGAUGGACAGACACCCUUUGUUCACACGGACGGAGAGAGCUUCCCCACCUGCAGCCCUGCCUGGCGACGCAGAACCGCGACGGGAGUUGGGGCAAACUUGCGAAGGAAGAAAAGAGUAGUUUAGAAAGAGGGGAGAGAAAAAAAAAACAGAGGAGGAAUUAGACCAACCUCAGUAGCAUGGAACUUGAAGGAAACGGAUGGAACCCCAAGCACUUGCCUCCAAACUGGUUUCUCCUGCCUGGUGUUUGGCUCUGUAUUCUUUUAUGGCGUUGAGCGUGGGUUACCCCCAGCCGCCGAGUUGAGAGCGCAUCGGUGGCUCUGCUGAGUGUGAACAAACUAAAUGAAGCACUUUAUUCUGUAUAGAUGAGGGAAGGUUGGGGAGGGGAGGGGAAGCUUGGAUGCUUUUCAGAAGCAUCAAGUAAUGUUCUAGGAAAUGUAUUAUUAUUAUUAUUAUUAUUAUUACCUUUUUUUUUAAGGCCAUGUGUAAUCAAUAUAUGUUUAUCUUUAACUCCAAGUACAGCAGUUACUCUCUUUGGGAUGGUGUGAUGAGGGGGAAGCUGAGAGGGUUGGGCUAAUCCAUCAGUGUGGGGCUGACUUGGGCAAGUCUUUGCUUACCACAGGUACAGGCAAGUCUUGCUUGGUUAAUGGCCACGGGAGGUCCCAAGAGAUGCGUCAAAGCAACUUUCCAGGGCACAGCUCACAGCGCCAGGGCAUCAAGGGUACAAUGUGUGUCCCCCCCCAGCCUAAGCUAUCUUCUGCCUGGGCGUGUUGGAGCUGCUCUUUGGGCCACCCACGAGCAAGACAAGUCACGGUAGGCUGGUUUAGGUUGUCCCUAGAAGCCAGGCCCCUCGGCAAUGCUUCAAAACCUGCUUUUGGCUUCUCACCAAGGCACAUCAGGGGUUGCUGAGCUCUGAAGGUGGUGAGUGGUCAGAAAUGGGCCUUUCCACUGAGUUCUCCCAGUCUGGAAGUGUUUUGACUGUUACCAAAGAGGUUGCAAGUGGAAGGACUGAAUCAAUAAACGGUUUGUCUUUUGUAAAAGA